AUGUCAUCUUCAAAUUCUCAUUCACAUAUUGAACCAAGUUGGAAAACAUAUUAUGAUGCGAAGAAAUUACUUCGUCAAACUGAACAACGUUUAAAAGAUGCUCGAGAAUAUUAUCCACAUGUUCAUUUAAAUAAUAAUAAUCAUUAUGAAAAUAAUGAUUUAUCAAAUUUAUCAUCAACAUCCUAUUUACAUCAUAAUGAUACAUCAUUAAUUCAUGCUGGAAAUCGUUCAAUGUUAAAUGAUGAAAGAACAAACAAUAAUAAACAUCAAUUACUUGAUUCAGAAGCUUUAUUAACAAUUCGUAGGAAAAUUAGUAAACAAAAAAUAGCAGCAGAACGUCGUGCUGAACAAUUAUUUCAUUCGCAAUCUGACGCUGGUCAUAUGUUUGAAACAUAUCGUCCUCAUAGUACAUAUUCUACUUCAGCUAGUCUACAAAAUCUUCAUUAUUCUCCACAUCGUCAACAACGUUUAUCACCUCCUAAACCACAACCACCAAUAUCAUAUUCAUCACAUCUUUCACAAUCCCAAUCAUUUCCAUCGGAACUUGAUACUGUUCUUCAACAUUCAACAAGUGCAAGAAUUUUACAUAGAGAAAAUGAUUUUGAACGACAAUCAUUUCAUCAACCAACAACACGUAAAUCAAUUAGAACUAUGCCAAGAGAAAAUUAUUCAUUAUCUAAUGGUCGAACAACUCAACAGAGAAGUGCUAGUGCUUCAAAUAGUGGUACAACAAAAUAUCAAGAUAUUUCAUCAUCUCAUUUUUUAACAGCAAAUGAUGGUCCACGAUUAAAACAUGUUCGUCGUGUUGAAUCAGCUCAUGUUUCCUCAAGUUCAGCAGUUAAAAAUAGUUUAAUAACACCUGAUUCAUGGCGAACAGAUCCAAUUAUUACAAAAAAAUCUUCGUCAACAUCUCAACAAGAAAAAUCAUCCAAGAAAAAAACAUCAAAUGAAAUUCUUGUCAAACGAACAAAAACAGAUAUUGAAGAAACAUUAGGUCAAAAUAAUCAACGAACAGAAAAAAUUAUCAAACCAAAACGUGAUACAAGUGCUUCGAAAACGUCAGUUCUUACAGCAGAAAAAACACCAUCAAAACCAAAAUCAGAUGAUGAUAAGAGAAAACUUCAAGAUUAUAUACAACAAAAACGUCAACAUGAAGAAAUGUUUUCAAAUGAAAAACGUUUGAAAGAUGAACAAGAAAGAAUACGAAGAGAUAAAUUUAAGAAAUUUAAUGAACAAAUUAAAGAAACUUCACAUCAACAUUUACCUUCAUCGGUAACAAAACGAACGUCAACAUUUACACCUACUACACCAAAAGAAUUAACGGAACAAACACGUCAACGUCUACUUCGUGUUCUUGGACCAGCAACAGAUUAUCAUAUUAAUAGUCCAUUGGAACAACCAUCAUUUCUCGAACGUUCAUCAUCAUCAUCAUCGUCAUCUUCAAAUGAAUCGGUCAUUGAAGUUCAACCAGUUAAAUCAAAUGAUCAUUCAAAUAUGCGAUCUCGUUCAGAACCACCUGCUCAAAAUGGUACUACGAGUAAGAAUGCACAACGUCAUGAAAAUUUACUUCGAUGGGCUGUUGAUUUAACAAGAGAUUGUGAUGUUGUGGAAAAUAGAUUUAAAUAUUUACGACCAGAUCGUAUACUACCAUUUGGUACUAUUCCUGCUUCAUAUAAACAUCUUCAGCAGGAUGAUGGAAAUAUACGUAAUCAAACAUCACAUUAUGAUACAAAUCAUUCAGAAACAAAUAAAUCUUCUAAUAUAUCACGUUUAUCUCGAGGUUUAAAUUCCAAUCGUUUAAAUGAUUAUUCAAAUCAUCAAGUUUCCAAUGAUUUAUCAUCAGACAGACGUAUUCAUCGUGAUCGUGCUGCUGCGAAAAUUCAAGCAGCAUAUCGAGGCUAUACAGUACGAAAAUCAUUACCAUGGUUAAAUGAUAAACCAAAUCAUUAUUUAGAAAAUGCAUCUAUUAAUAUCAAUAUACAUUUAACUAAGAAUAAUUAUCCUGUUGAUUCAACACUACUACGUUAUUAUGAAAAUCAACCCAUAAAUGAUUAUCAACAACAAUCUAUUAAAAAAGCAUCAAUAUUACCAUUAUAUUCAGAUGAUUAUGAUAAUGUUCCAAAUUCAUUAUCAUCAAAUUUAUCAACUCCAAUUAAUCAUAUAAGAAGACCACCAAGCAUAACUUCUUCAACAUCAACAACUCCAAUACCUUCACCAGAACCUCAAGUACCAUCUCAAAAUGAACGUCGUCGAUCAAUUUCACCACCGCUACCACCACAAAUGUCUCCAGACAAUGGCCGUCCACUUCAUCAAUUAAUUCAACCAAUUUUUCAACGUAUCAAUGAUGAAAAUCUAGAACAAACAGAUUCAAUGUCACGCGUACAAAAUCUUUCUAAUAAUACAUUGCCACAACAACCAAUAGCAAAAUCUCCUAUUCGUCAACCAUUAUUAUCAUCAUCAACAUCAACAAAUCGAAAACGUCGAUCAUUAUCACCACAACCACAGCCACAGCCACAGCCACAACAACAACUAAUAACAAAUACACAUUCACGUCCUCGCACUACUCUAACUUCAAGUCCUCCAACAUCAUCAUCAGAAUCGUAA